AUGUUUUGCGUGAAAGUGAAAUUCGUGACCAUCAGGGUGAGACUUCCUAGGCUAUGCAAGCUGCUUCUCAUAAGCGUGCUGUACUUUCUCUUGUCUCUUGCCGCCUACAUUGGCUUCACCGAAAAAUACCGACACAGCCCAUUUUCUUAUUUUCAUCAUACCACCAAAGUGCUGCAAGUGGACAUCCGGCAGACCCCCCCAGAUGCUGCAGCUGUGAACCAGGCCAUACCAAGGCUUCCAAAUGAACCACUGGGGCAAGGUAGCUCCCUAUUUGAGAACAACGUUACCGGAUUGGCUCCCAAGAACAAACUGAGUGCCCAAGAGAAACAGGCUGAGGUCAGAAAGCUUCCCAGAUCAGUUGAGAAGCAAACCAGGAACACUCUUGUGACAGCCAAUAAAAAAGCACCUGAAAAAAAGUUAGAGCCCAAACAACAUGAGACUCAGGUUGAAGACAAGCGUAUGGCACCUGCAGUGAGUUUAAACCACACUGAAGCUUUGGAUGGUACACCAACAUCGAAUAAGAAAGAAGGUGAAAAACACAGUGCACCAACAUCUCAUCUGGAGGAAAAGAAAAGUAAAGGUGAGGUGUCACAAGCAAAGAAGCCAGCUGAAGCUAAACAUGUGGCAUCAGCAACCCAUCAAAAGAAGGCUGAGGGAAUGGAUGAGACAAGAGCAUCCAAACUACAGCAGCUAAAAGCUAGCCAUGUUGCUAGGCCUUCCAGAGCAAAGCAGGCCUCCGAGGAACCAUCUAGAGGUGCAGACGCAGCUCAAGGGCGCUCUGCCCAGCUUCCCACCAUUAGGGAUCACAGUGCUUCUGCCACGCACCGUGUUCCUACAGCUAUUCCCCAGAAGAGGUUUAAAGCAGCUGACUUCAAACUUGAGCCCCAGUGGGCCUUCGAUGAUGAGUAUCUCCUGGAUAACUCCUUCCAGCAGUCUAGCUGCCCCAAUUCUCUGCGGGACAAGGCUGCCAAAUCGGACUGGCUCAAGAAUGUGCUUCUGCCCAACAUCACGAUCUUCAUGGACAAGAGUCACUUCAGUGACCAUGAAUGGGAGCGCAUGGAGCAUUUUGUCCCCCCCUUUGGUUUCAUGGAGCUAAAUUACUCAUUGGUCAAAGAAGUCCUAUCGAUGCUUCCUCCUAAGCCCUCCUACCAAGUUCUCUUUGCGCACAACAGCAGCCAAAUGUCCAGGUGUGUCACCUGUGCAGUAGUGGGAAAUGGGGGCAUAUUGAACAACUCCAGAAUGGGCCAGGAGAUUGAUUCCCAUGAUUAUGUCUUCCGAGUGAGUGGAGCUGUGAUCAAGGAUUAUGAGAAAGAUGUGGGAACAAGAACAUCCUUCUAUGGAUUCACAUCCUUCUCAUUAGCAACUUCGAUCGCCAGCCUAAGUGGUCAAGGAUUCAAGAAGGUUCCCAUGGGAAAGGAUAUCCAGUACCUUCAUUUCCUGGAAGGAGAACGAGAUUACGAAUGGCUCAAAGCUCUUCUGCUGAACAUGAAAGUCAGAAAGGGAUUUUUUGACUACUACGGAUCAAGGCCUAGGGAGAACUUUGAUAAAGAUUUCAACCUGGAUAAAUACCAUGUGAUUCAUCCAGACUUUCUUAGAUACACGAAAAACAGGUUUUUAAAGUCCCAAAAUGCAAACAAACCUUACUGGCGGAUCUAUAGACCCACAACAGGUGCUUUCCUUCUAUUAACUGCACUCCACCUCUGUGACCAGGUAAGUGCUUACGGUUACAUCACAGAAGGCUACCAGAACUACUCAGAUCACUAUUAUGACAAGAUAAAGAAGAAGCUAAUUUUUUAUGCCAAUCAUGAUUUUGAUCUGGAACGAAGGGUGUGGAAAAAACUUCACGAUGCAAACAUCAUGAAGCUCUACCAACGAUCCUGA